AUGGCGGCCUUUGUUGAAAGCAGCAAUUACAGCCACGUCCUACAAAAAGGCGCCGCUGUCGUGAGCACGUUGGAGGAUCGAGCAGAUGGACCCCAUCCGUCCAUACAGACGAAACAGGUCACCGCCUGCCGCAUCAAUCAGCUUCAGAUCAAUGGUUUCAUCAACCAAAACACCGGCGUCGCAAACUUUCUCAACGUCCCAUAUGCUCGCAUUCCAGCACGGUUCUGCGAAGCCACAUUGAUCGAUCCUCGUAAAGAGAUAGGCGUCAUAGAGGCGGUCAGGUAUGGACCAUGCUGCCCGCAGCCAUUCGAUGUCAUUCACGACAUGACAGGGCAUCUGUACCCGAAGAAAAUCGACAUCACGAACUCCUCCGAGUUUGCCUGCUUGAGCGUCAACAUCUAUGCACCACCCUCGGCCGUCGGGUCUCGAAACAGAUUGCCCGUCACGGCAUGGAUCCAUGGCGGGGCAUUCACGUACGGAGAUGCAUCAGAUGAGUAUGAUGGCAACUACAUCGUUCAACACUCCAUGUCAAUCGGCAAACCUGUCAUAGUGGUCACCAUGAACUACCGCGUUGGGCCUUAUGGUUUCCUGACCUCAAAGGAGAUUAGAGAGGAGAGUCUGGCUCGAGGUGAGAAGGGGUUCGCCAACCAAGGCUACCACGACCAACGUCUUGGACUACAAUGGAUCCAGCAAAACAUUCAAUUCUGGGGAGGCAACGGCUACGAAAUAACAGCUGCCGGGGAAUCGGCCGGAGCGUGCUCGAUCCUGACGCAUCUUCGUUCCGACUUUCCAGCCUUUCAACGCGCUUUCGUCAUGUCUGCCGCACCCUUGACCCCGACUCCGUUCUCCCACUCACAAGAACGCUUCGAUGCCCUGAUUGCCAAGAUCGGACUCCCCACGGGCGCCCCAGCAGGAGAUAAACUGGCAGCGCUCCGUAGCCUCACGUGCGACGAACUGAACAAGAUCCACGGCCCUGGCGUGUCGCCACCCACGUACGACCCCGAGUUCUACCCGGACCAUGAAGAAGGCUUCUCCCUGGAAACCAAAGCCCCUUUGCCUGCCUGGCUCAGAGGGAUGGUGGUUGGGAACACGACCGAGGAAGCCGCGCUGUUCGUGCCAAGGUCGAUCUCGGGCGCACAGGCAGUGUCGAUGGUGAAGAAGGCCUUUGGAGGCGACGCAGACCUCUGCCGUGAGGUUCUGGCCCUCUACGACAUCAAGGCCGACGACGACACCCCCGGCAGUGGCACGGACGGUGUCGUCAGGCUCGCCACGCACGCCACGUUCGGCCAGAUGGCGCAGAUCAUCGCAUCCGGGCACCAUUCCGAGGUCCCCCUUUCCCUCUACUCGUUUGAACAACGGGACCCGUUCCCAGGCAGCCCGUGGAAGGGGAGGGCCUUUCAUUCCCUCGGCAAUGCGAUGCUGUUCCGACUGCCCACGGUCGCUGGUCCCGACGCGGAUCCGGGGACGAGACUCACGUCCGACAAAUUCAGCGAGGCGCUCAUCUCUUUGACCAACGGCGAACAGCCGUGGGAGGUCUACGACGGGGAGGGUCGCAAGAAGAUGGUCUUUGACGGGGAAAGGAGUGGACUCGUACAGGCCGGCGGAAAGGCGCCGUGGGCAGACCUGGCCUCGACGCCCGAGAGGUCGGCCUCGUUCGGGACGUGCGGGCUGUCUCUGAUUUCCGGGUCCAUCGUCGAGGCCAACAGCUAGCUAGAUCUGUCAAAGAUCUGUUAAAAUAGUGAUUGGGUAUCUUGCAAGGUGGGGAAGUAUCGAGCAGAAGCUUUUUGCCUGGCAGAUCAAGCUGUCAAAGGUCAAAGAUGUAUACCAAGGUAAAUAGACAAACACCUAGCUAGACUCAGCCGUCGGGGCAAUAUCUAUGAGCACAAGACGCAC